AUGGCUUCCCCUCCAAAGCCCUGGGAACGGGCCGGUGCUCCAACAACAGCUGCCUCAAUCACACCCAUGUCUGCCGCAUCUAUCGCGACCCCGACACCGGCCACAUCCCUCUCCGGUGGUACCCCGCCCGCCGUUCCCGAACGACCUGCCUCUCUCGCCUCCACGGUUGACCAAAACGCUGCCGCUUAUAGCAGAGCAGGCUUAGGUGCGGCCGCCAGUCCCUACGGCUCAUACGGCGGCGGUGCCUACUCUUCUCCCUACAGCAGCCCAUACUCAAGGAUGGGUUCCUACGGCAGCUACGGCGGUGGUAUGUACGGUGGUGGCAUGUAUGGCGGUGGCUACGGCGGUGGCAUGUAUGGUGGAGGCAUGUACGGCGGCGGUAUGGGCAUGGGCGGUAUGGGAGGCAUGGGAGGGCCCAACGACCCGAACAGCCUUACCAACAGAUUCAACAACAGCACGCAGGCGACAUUCCAAAUGUUGGAAGGCAUCGUUGGUGCCUUUGGAGGCUUUGCCCAGAUGUUGGAGAGCACAUACAUGGCCACACACUCAAGCUUCUUUGCAAUGGUGUCAGUAGCAGAGCAAUUCAGCAACCUUAGGGAUACCUUGGGCUCGAUACUCGGUAUCUUCACCUUGAUGCGUUGGAUCCGAACCCUCAUCGCCAAGAUCACCGGCCGCCCGCCUCCAGCCGACGCGACCGCGCUCACGCCAGCAGCCUUUGCCAAAUUCGAAGGCCGAUCGCCCAUCGGCCCCGACGGUGCUCCCCUGGGACCCCCCAAGGCUUCCCGCAAGCCGCUCUUCUUCUUCCUCCUUGCCGCCUUCGGUCUCCCGUACCUGAUGCGCAAGAUGAUCAACACCAUGGCUGCAUCUGCGGAAGAAGAGGAACGUCGCCGUAUGGCUCUGGCCGGCGCGCAACAGCCCUUGGACCCGUCCAAGCUUGAUUACUGCCGUCUCCUGUACGACUACGCUCCUCAGCCUGGCAACGCCGUCAAGGACGUUGACAUGGAAGUGCGCAAGGGCGACCUUGUCGCUGUUCUCUCCAAGAGCGAUCCUAUCGGUAACCCUAGCGAGUGGUGGAGGUGCCGCGCGCGUGAUGGCCGUACCGGCUACCUCCCCUCAACCUACCUCGAGGUGAUUAAGCGACCUGGUCAGCCUCUCGCUGCCAUCAAGGGUGCGCCCAGCGACAGCAGUCGAACCAACUCGCUCACUGGCGCCGCUCCCGAAAAGGGACCGGAGAUCAAGACGAAGAUCGGAGACGUUUCGCCCGAGAGCUUCCAGAAGAGCGUGUUCUACAACUAA